AUGGCCCGCACUCCCGCAGCUCCCUGGGAUCAGCUGCGUCGUUGGAUCGACCAGCAAGAAGCCUGGGAGAAGAAGACUGACCAGGCAGUCAAGCUGAACCCAAGGCAGUUGGCAGCCAUCAACGAACUCGUCUCCGCAGUCUCGGAGCCAGAGAUUGGCAACGAGAACUACCUGAGCCUGCUGAACUGCGCGUUACAGGCCAAACAGCUACCGAUACAUCUCCACUGGCAAGAUGAGGAAGUAGCUCAACCAGGACCAGAGGGUACCUCCAACAGCAUAUUGUGGCGAUCUGUCUGCACAGUCCAAGGCCACGGGAAGUUUCCUCGUACUGGCCACGGCUACUCUCACAACAAUAAGCCCUGCUUCCCGAACAAGAAGAAAGCAAGGCAGUUUGCUGCCAAACAGGCUCUUUCGGCUGUACGUGGUACGUCCGCUUCCUCUAGUUACAACGAGAGUAGCGCAGGAGGCCCAAGUCCGCCUUUGUCAAGGUCGUCGUCCAUGGGCAACCUGUCCGGGGCGGCUUCGCCUGUCCCAGAAGCCCAGGAAAUGAGAGCCUCAUCCCACGCGGGGUUGAAGAGGGUCAAGGUUGAAGACGCUUGUGACUCUACUCCUGCGUUUACAUAUGAGAAUGCGGGCCCGCCAUCCUCUCCCUCUUCGCGAAGCGAAAAGGACAAAGAAAAUGAGAAGCGUAUCCUUUGGCUGACCGGGCGUCUCAAUCUGGAGCAUCCGGAGUAUAAGAUCGAGUGGAAUGGCUCGACCCAACUCUUCCGUGGGAGAUUGCGCUUGAAGCCUGGUUACAAAGGUGUCGACGUUGGUUCCGUCGAGAACAUGCCAAAUCAUUUGGCAGCGAAGAAGAAGCUGAACGAGCUUUUACUUGCGUGGCUGGAAAAGGAAAACAAGGAGAGGGAGGAGACCUUGGAUUUACUACAUGGCAGAGGAUUGCAUUAG